AUGGCCAUUCAGAAGAUCUACUCCCGCUACGUCUACGAUUCUCGUGGAAACCCUACCGUUGAGGUUGAGCUCACCACUGAGAAGGGUACCUUCCGCGCCAUUGUGCCCUCUGGCGCAUCCACUGGUUCUCUGGAGGCCCUUGAGCUGCGCGACAAGGACGCUUCCAAGUGGGGAGGCAAGGGUGUCUUGACGGCUGUUGCCAACGUCAACGACGUCAUUGGCCCUGCUCUGAUCAAGGAGGGUAUCUCUGUCGUUGACCAGCGCGCCGUUGACGAGUUCCUUAUCAAGCUUGACGGAACUGACAACAAGGCCAAGCUCGGUGCCAACGCCAUUCUUGGUGUCUCUCUUGCUGUUGCUCGUGCCGGUGCUGCUGAGCAGGGAAUUCCUCUGUACGAGCACAUCAAGAACCUGUCCGGUUCCAAGGCCCCCUACAUCAUGCCCGUUCCUUUCCAGAACGUUUUGAACGGUGGUGAGCACGCCGGUGGUUCUUUGGCCAUCCAGGAGUUCAUGGUUGCCCCCAUUGGCUUUGACAAGUUCUCCGACGCUUUGCGCGCCGGCACUGAGGUCUACCACAAGCUCAAGUCUCUUGCUCAGAAGAAGUACGGCUCUUCUGCUGGCAACGUCGGUGACGAGGGUGGUAUUGCCCCUAACCUCGAGAACGCCGAGGAGGCUCUCGACCUCAUUGUCACCGCCAUCGACGAGACCGGCUACAACGGCCGCGUCAAGAUCGCUAUUGAUGCUGCCUCCUCCGAGUUCUACCACGACAACAAGUACGAUUUUGACUUCAAGAACCCCAAGUCCGACCCUAAGGCGUGGAAGACCGGCCGUGAGACUGGCGACUACUACAAUACUUUGCUGGCAAAGUACCCCAUCAUCUCUUUCGAGGACCCCUUCUCCGAGGAUGACUGGGAGUCUUGGAAGCAAUUCCUCCCCCAGGUCAAGGGCAAGUGCCAGAUCGUCGGUGACGACAUCACCGUCACCAACCCCAAGAUCGUCGCCAAGGCCAUCAAGGAGGACGUCGCCGACGCUCUGCUGCUCAAGGUCAACCAGAUCGGUACCCUCACCGAGUCCAUUGACUCCGCCAAGGCCUCCUACGCCGCCGGCUGGGGUGUCAUGGUCUCCCACCGCUCCGGUGAGACCGACGACAGCUUCAUUGCCGACCUCGCCGUUGGUCUGCGCUGCGGCCAGCUCAAGUCCGGUGCCCCCGCCCGCGCUGAGCGUCUCGCCAAGUACAACCAGCUUUUGCGUAUCGAGGAGGAGCUUGGUGACAAGGCCACCUAUGCCGGCAAGGAUUUCCACGCCGCACACGCUCUUUAA